CUGGCGUCACCCCCACCAAGAGCCGGUACAGUUUUUUAUUUGGAUGCCGAAAGAACCCCUGCCACAUGAAGGAGACCAUGCGGCCUGUUUCUGACGGUUGGCCUUGGCUAGGAGACGAGUCUCCGCUGGCCGAGCAAUCUUAGGCGUGUUCUGCGGCCCUCAUCACCUAGUUCGGCAAAGGGUUGAAGGAAGAAACAAGGGAACAAUGUUAUCAUUGGUCAGGAUCUGAUGCUGCCUCAACACGCAUCCAGCCCACAUGCUGCGUUUCUCUGCUUUGGCCACAACUGGGGCCAAAGGCAGCACUGCCUUAUUAGUCCGUGAUUGCUAGCCUACUCAGCCAACAAGGACCGUUGCCCCGAUUCGCUCUCAAUAUACCCGCAGCCUUCUUUUACAGUUCCUUGUCCUUAUUGCAUAUUCUAUUCGAUAGGUGUUUGCCCUCCUCUCAAGCCUUCAUAGCCAAUUCCGAAGUUGACGGAAAAGCCCGAGGCUGUUUGGAGUUAAGCGAGCUCGCGCUACUUGCCAAACUGUUGCUACAAACUGAAGAUUACGGAUCCUUUGGUUGUGCCCAAACCGGAAAUGAUUCUAGGCUAAUCAUAGUCUGGGAAGAGAGACCUAAUUUAAUCGACUGCCAAGUUUAUCUUCUCAGCAACAACACGACGAAAGUCGACUUAUUCGGAGCAAACAGUCAGUCGCGUCCAGCCGCUGCUGUGUUUUUAUUUCGCAGACAGGACGCAAUUGAGAAGCAAAGUAUUACUACGAGCACCUACAGACGCCUGCAUCGAUAUAUCUGUCUUCAGGUUACGCAUUACCACUGUUGCCCGUGCCGCACGUCACCUAGAAAACGCCACUGCAUGCACCCUCUCCACUGCAACUUGCCAUCCUAGAGAGGAGAAACCUUUGUUAGGUCAACGCUUUUCUUGUUCCCUCUUUUGUUCUUCUAGUGUGGUAGUCGGCAUAGCUUCCAGCCUCACGGAAGGCUAAUCAAAAGGACAAUCUUCAUCGUUGUGCUCCGCCACCUUCAAGUCUGGCAUUCCAACAACUUGCCAGUUUUGGAAGUACUGAAAGAGGAAGGAUUUGGUCGGUAUCUGUUCUCAAAACACUUUGCCCUGCGGCGGCUGCGCCCGUGGUAACUUGCGGAACACCGCCGUGCCGGAUCUAACCAUCACACUUGGAUAGCAUCUUGAGAUCUAUUAGACUUGGUAAGUAUCAUCCCCUAGUUUCUUUUUACCACUUUUGGCGUUACAAAACAUUCUGAUAUACUCGGAAAGCGGCCUGAAAACAAUUCUGUCGCGAAGGCUAAUCAAGUCGGUAGCAAUAGAGCUCCCGACACUCCAGAUGCUGACACAAUCGUUGCACCAUUUCGAGAAUCAUUCUGCGGCUUUGACUGAACCCUACAGUUCACCUCUGUAUAGGUUUAGAGCUGUACGUAUGCAGGGGUAUCAACAUUCGGUUGACGAACCAGAGCCGACAUGGCAAAGUCAGCUCAUCGACCAAGGACAACCUCAGUACUACGCUCAGCAAUCCGAUAACAAGUCGGCUGAAGGGAGGCAAAGUGCUUCCCAUGAGAGUCGCGGUGCAGCAGCUCAGUUGCCAGAUUACCAGGUUAUUAGCCAAAGCUUUACCGAUGGAUCAACAGAGACGCCUGCCACCGCUAGAUCUGCUCAUACGCCCUCAGAUGGCAACGAGGGAACCGAGCAUCUCGUCCGGCAGUAUUCUGCCCCAAGCUCUUCAAUCAAUGCUGCAUUUGGCAACUAUAACUAUUCGACAGGACCACUCCGAGCCGGCAUGGGUUUUUCAUCGCCCCAUACUCAGCUUGGACCCUCCGUGCAGAGUUUUGGCGCACAGUACCAGUCUAUGCCAACAGAGUCGAAACUUCAUCUAGAUGACGAUUUGGAAGAUGACGGAAUCGUUGAAGAUGAUGAUGCUCCUUCCGACCAGACAGCUGCUGAGCGGCUUGCGACUAAGAGGAAAAUGAAGCGUUUCCGUUUAACACACCAACAAACGAGAUUCUUGAUGAGCGAAUUUGCCAAGCAGCCACAUCCCGAUGCUGCUCUUAGAGACCGACUAUCGAGAGAAAUCCCGGGGUUGACACCACGACAAGUCCAAGUGUGGUUCCAAAAUAGACGCGCCAAGAUGAAACGCCUCAAUACCGAUGAUCGAGAACGGAUGCUACAGAUGAGAACAGUUCCGGAAGAUUUCGAUAAUGUUCGGGCUCUGCAUUCUCCAUAUGGCGCAAUCCAUGCGGGUAGAAUGCUACCGAGAGACUCGAUAUCACCUGGAGAAGCGCGGAGCUAUCCCAUGAUGGGGCUUCAGAACAUUCGAGACGGAGGAAGCGGCUCCUACGGUUCAGUACAACCUCCUCACAUGCUUACGACCGUUGGAUUUGGCCACGAUGGGCGGACCAUCACUGGAGAUGGGUCUCGGCCACCAAGAAUGCCGUCUACCAAUGACAUGUCAUUUUCACCGGACGGCCUUUCUACACCAACAUAUACCUUCUCGCAAUACCAGCGGGAUACCUCAAGUCCACAAACACUAAACAGUGCUCAAAGCACUGAACAUAUCCCAUAUUACGACACAAACACUGCAUCGCUGGCGACAGAGCAGGGAUGGAAAGGAGCACAGGCUGGCGAAGGUUCAAUUCCUGCUCAAAAUAGACCCAGGCCAAGGACCUCGUCUGCUACACUUCCUCUGCCUGUCCAAGUACGAAGUAGACUUGGUGGUGAGCACCCGCUGGUAUCGCCGGUUCGAGGUCCAGCACCCCAUGAAGAGAACUUCUCAAGCUCCUGGCACACCUCAUCUCCAUAUGGUACCGAGGAUCCCCGUGAUCCAUUUGGAUUUGGCUUUAAUACCAUGCCACCCACAAGCUCGGCGACAGAUGCUAAGGGCGGUACUUCGUACUUUCCCUUUGCUGUUGGAGGUACGAUGCCAGCUGUAACAGAGUCACUCUUCCCAAACACACAAGCCAUUUAUGCGCCUGGAAGCGCUGGCCUUUCAAUUAGCACGGAGACGGAAGGAGUAAGAGCGGCUCAGUUGACAUCUGGAUCUCGCGAGUUUGGAGACGGUCCGCCUGGUCUAGGUUCGGCCGAGAGCCAGCAGGGAGAAUUUACAGGGGCGGGGAACGUAGAAAACCAGGGUCGGCAGAGCUAGAUCUCUUGCGUCCCUCUUAUACAACACAUCUGUAGCAUACUUUUUUGUACUCAAUUCCAUACAAUAUUUAGCCACGUAUAGUCGUGCCAAAGACAGAACUAAUUCAUAGAGAAGGCGAAAUAAAGGUUUACUAAGUAGGAAGUAUUAGCACAAAGCUCUAGUGAUAAUUUCAAAUGGUCUUCAAUGCAGCGAGCUGAGGACUUGGGUCAGAGAGUGCCGAGGUUCCACAUUCAACUGAUCGGUUGUUACAUGUCCUCAUCUACUAGAUAUGUAGCGGAACGUAACAACUACUGAUACAGCAUUGGUUUACCAGAUGCAAGAUCUUCAUCAUUCACCAGCUGUGAUCUGUAUUUCUGGGCAGGCAGAGCAGUGGAAGGCUUACCAAAAUGCACACAAGCGUGGACAGUAGGCCAUCUCAUUGCACAUGUUGCACGACGAGGACGCUACGUUAGGUGAGGUAUAAUUUCAUACCCAUAAUCUACGAUGGACGUCUUCAUACACAUAAAGGCACAUGACGAAGAUAUGUUACUUGCGACAGGUCAUCACCGCAUCAUGGCAGCCGCACGAGGGGCCCUCGUGAUGAUGGUUUUUGGCAAGGUUAUCUCUUUGGAAUUUGUCUCGACCUAGAUAAUCGGAUUCGACAGUGGCGCAGAGUAUUGAGUCCGGCUGACGAGAUUAUAUCGAUUCGGUGGUCUGGGGUUUUUAGAUGAGAAGAAAAGAAGAAAAAGAAG